ACACUGAAAGAAACCAGCCUUUCACGUGAUUGGCUGCCAGUUUCUUUGACACAUCCACCCCGGAAGUAGCGAUCAUAUUUAAGAGUAAUUCUUGUCUCGUUGCAUCUGCGUCUAUCUUCUUCUCUUCUACAUUUUACAUCCUCUGGAAAGUUUUAAUAAAAGGAUCAACAUGUCGACUGAAAAGUCUUUCGCGAAAGGAAGUGCUGCUCCUGGCCCGGUCCCCAAAGACCAAAUCCGUCUUUACAGCAUGAGGUUUUGCCCUUUUGCUCAGAGGACUAGAUUAGUGCUGCACGCCAAAGGGAUAAAAUUUGAAACCAUUAACAUCAAUUUGAAAGAAAAACCCGAUUGGUUCCUCCAGAAGAACCCUCUAGGUCUCGUCCCAGUGCUGGAGACACCUGCUGGUGAAAUAAUAUACGAGUCGUCCAUCACCUGCGAGUACCUGGAUGAAGUCUAUCCAGAGAAGAAGCUGCUUCCAUCCUCUCCUUUUGCCAAAGCUCAGCAAAGGAUGAUGCUGGAGCAUUUUUCAAAGAUUGUACCAUUCUUCUACAGGAUUCCAUCAGCAAAGAGGAAUGGUGAAGAUGUGUCAGGAAUGGAGGCUGAAAUGAAAGAGAAAUUAGGGAAACUGAAUGAGGAGUUGGUGCAAAAGAAAACAAAGUUUUUUGGAGGUGAUUCCAUCACAAUGAUUGAUUACAUGAUGUGGCCACACUUUGAGAGAACAGAGGUCUACGGGGUGAUGAACUGCCUGGACCACACACCAGAGCUGAAGAAGUGGAUGGAGCGCAUGUUGGAGGAUCCAGCUGUGAAGGCAACAAUGUUCAGCAUAGAAGCACACAGGGCUUUCUACAAAAGCUUCAUAGACGGGAAACCGGAUUAUGACUAUGGCCUCUAGAGCACACCGUCCAAACCAGUCGUGACGACCAGUCUGUCCAAAGAUCUUUUUAUUUUAAAUGCUAACCGUCCUAAAAUUUUAUUGGUACCCCCAAAAAGAAAAUUUUCUUAAGGGAAAACUUAAACUCAAAAUGUAAAAGAGAUUUUUUUGGUAUUAUUUUUGAUGUUACUGGUUUAAAAUAAUUAAAGAAAGGCUACAUUGUUUUA